CCCAUCCGUUCUUCACGUGAUUUACAUAAGAAGAAAGAAAGAGUUGAAAAAAUUGAAAAAAUAAAAAGAGUUGAAAAUAUUUGGAGCUUGAAGUUGUAGUACGCCCAUGGCGAUUACCAGUAAUCGCCUGCUCAUCUCAAUUCCAUCUCUUCAUCGUCCAAAAAUCAAGCCUUCAGCUCGAUUUUCAUGCUUUUCUGCUCGACAAAGCUCAGUAGAAGCAGUAGAGCUGAAAUCUUCAAACAAGGAAUAUUCGCCUGGGCCCAUCGAUGAUAUUUUCCUCAACGUAUUUCGCAGCAAAAUGGCGCAGGAGUCUGGAUGGGACUCGGAAAAGUCCGGAUACGAUGGAUUAAUCGAUAUGGCUCAUCGGUUAAUGGUCGGCCGAUCCAAUUCCGAAGCUACACAAGUUGCGAUAAGGAUAUUAAGGGCACUUUUUCCUCCAUUGCUGUUGGAACUGUACAAGAAACUAGUUUCGCCUAUUGCUGGAGGCAAAGUGGCAUCCGAGAUGGUUGCAAGGGUAACUGCAGUUUCAUGCCAGUGGCUCAUGGGAACAUGUACAGUUAACUCAGUUGAUCUGCCUAAUGGAUCCACAUGGUCUAGCGGGGUUUUCGUUGAAAAAUGCAAGUACUUGGAGCAAAGCAAAUGUGUGGGAGUAUGUAUCAAUACAUGCAAGCUCCCUACACAGGCUUUCUUCAAAGAGGACAUGGGAGUUCCUUUGAUGAUGGAACCCAACUUCACCGAUUAUAGCUGUCAGUUCAAAUUUGGGGUGCUACCCCCGCAACAAGACGAGGACAGUGCACUCAAAGAGCCUUGCCUUCAAAUAUGCCCGACCGCCAAUAGGCGCAGACAAAUUACCUCAACAAUAGACGUGUCAAAAUGUCCAAAGGCUUGAGACUGAAAUGCCAAAUGAAAACAGAGAAAAGAAUACAUUUGUUUUUUUAUGACAAAAAUGUUAAUGUCUCCUCAAAUAUGUCAUAUUAGUGGUGGACAAAUACAAUAGAGAAUAUUCCAGUCACAUAAUUUAUAUUCUUGUCUGCACAUUUUGUGGCCAAUAAGAAGAAGAUUUUUAGUAAAAGGCCAUUAUACAACAAAAUACAAUUGCACCAAACGAAACUGAACAAGAACCGAAAAACAGUUUGCUUCCCAGUUCCCACUAACAGACAUAUCAUUCGAUCCGUAUGUAUAUUAGCGAUCCCAGCCAGAGCGCCUCCUUCUUUCUCUGCCUUUAUCACUUUCACUAGCUGCUUUUGAAGCGGGAGAAUUAGUGUUUGUACUGUUGAUUUUUACAGCAUGCAUAUCGCCACCAAUAGUCCCACCAGAUACAAAUCCAGGCAAAGCCAUCCUCCUGUUUGCUUGUUGUGCCCCUGUAUUGUUCUGCCCAAACUGAUUCUGGGAAUUAGAUGAUGCGGGAACAAAGCUGUUCCUGAAUUGUGACAUCAUCCCCGUUUUUAGAGAAUUGACGGCUGUCGAGCGAGCAGGUGUAGUGCUUGAAGCAGCAUUAGAUUCGGGGUUAUACCCAAUUCCCAAACCAAAGUCCACGCCUCGAACACCUUUACCCCCACCUCCCCUCCCUUUACCUUUUUUCCCACCUGCAACAGUAGAAAAAGAUCUCAGAGCUCUCAAUCACAAUGACAGAGGAUCGAUAUCGGUACAGGUAUUUUAAAUUCGGUGGUCGUUUGUCAGCACAUAAAAUAACUCUUACACUGAUACUAUCAAGGAAGGCCAUUGUUUUACCAAAUGUCUGAAAACAUGAUUUUAUAUACAGUAUUACGACGAAAUUUGUGAGCUUGCCAUACACGAUAGAAACUUCAUACCUCCUUUCCUUGCAUCACGUUUGGAUCUGAACCUUCCAUCCUAAUGAUUGAAGAAGUACAUGAUUGUCACUCAAACACGAAACAGAAGCAUUAAAUAUGCAGACAAGUAGUGCACAAUUUUUCGUCAUCAUGGAGAGAAUCAGAUUUGCAACUCCAAAUUUUCACUCAUGUUUGAAAGUGUGAAGUAGGACGGAAUAACAGUAAGAUAUGUAUGUAGAAGAGCAAAAGGAUGGGAUAAAAAAAAACGUGCUUUUAUUGAGAUAUUUUUCAUAUUGGUCCUAUGUGUACUAUCUCCUACAGUUUUUCUAACUGUAUAAGCCAUGCAAUGGCAUGGUAGAAGUAUAAGCAGCUAUUGCCAGUUCAAAAAAAAAAAGUUUCUGAAUUCUUUUGGUAAUUAUCCUUGAACAUAAUGACUGCAGCAAAAGACCAUCCUCCAGAAGUUGUGGAGAGAAAACAGGAGAAGUUGAAUUUACAUUUUGUAGCAUGAUAUAAAUUAAUAAAUGAACACAGAAAUACACGCAGCAGGACUGAAAAUGCAUAUGAUUGAGCAAUUUUAACCGCUAACUAGUCAUAUAUCAUUCAUAAAAACAUUAAAAUUUUAAAAACAUAAAAGAAAAGAUGUAUAAUUUGUGUGCGGCCACGAAAAAUUAUCAGCAUCAGAAAAAAAACAAAAAGCAAACCCAUGUUACCUUCAUAGCAAGAUCCAUAAGCUCCGCAGGCACAUUUUGACCAGCAGUAAUCAGACUGUUAACUAGUUCACCAGCAAAUCUUGCCUCCUUUUGUGUUAUGAGAGUGUACGCAGUUCCAUCUUUGUCACCCGCACGCCCCGUCCUACCAAUUCGGUGCACGUGCAUGUCCAUGUCUUUAGCUGUAUCAAAGUUCACCACAGAUUUAAUUGACUUAAUGUCAAGACCACGAGCAGCAACAUCAGUUGCAAUAAGGACAUGGAAUGUCCCAGAUUUGAACUUCUGCAAAAUCUCCAUGCGCGAAGCCUGGUCUUUGUCACCGUGAAGUGCCGCAACUUUGAAACCUUUCUGCGCCAGUUGUGAUUCAACUUCAUCCACUGUGGCCUUUUUUGAUGCAAAAACAAGAACAUCCCCUUCAUCAAUCAAUCCAGGAAUCUUUUCGAGCAGCCACGGCAACUUUUCGGCAUCUGAUGGAAUUACCUGAACAACUUGGGUAAUGUCCUCAUUGGCCAUACCCACCUGUCCCACAGUCACUCUUACAGGAUCAGAAAGGAUCUCCCUAGCAAGCUUUUCAACUUUACGAGGCAUGGUAGCUGAAAAGAGUAACGUCUGGCGGUCCGGCCUUAUUUGACCAACAAUAGACCUUAUCUGUGGCUCAAAACCAAGGUCAAACAUUCUAUCUGCCUCAUCAAGUACUAAAUAAGUUGCCCUCAACAUUGUCAGUGCCUUCAUUUUUAUCAUGUCUAUCAAUCUCCCUGGAGUAGCCACAACAACCUCACAUCCUGCCUUUAGUUCCUUGAAUUGAUCAAGCUUAGACAUUCCACCAUAAACUGCAGAGACACGGAUACCAUGAGCUUUAGAGAAUUUCUUAGCUUCCAAAUAUAUUUGAUGAGCUAAUUCCCUGGUAGGAGCACAUAUCACACCAAUAGGACCUUCUUCCUUCUGAAGUUCAGGUUGAUCCAUAAUAUGAGUAAUCAUAGGUAGGACGAAAGAAGCAGUCUUUCCUGAACCAGUUUUUGCUAUUCCAAUUACGUCUCUUCCAGAGAGAACAAUAGGUAAAGCCUGGCACUGUAUUGGUGUGGGUUUCUCAUACGCUUGUUUUCCUAUGGCUUUCAUUAACUCAGUGGAAAAUCCACAAUCUUCAAAAUUCUUAAUCGGACGUGGAACAUCAAAUCCUGAAACACGAAUGGCUAGGCUGUUCCUGUACUCAGAGACAUCCUGUUCGCUCAUACCUGAAAUGGAAGGGUUCUCCUCAUAGAAAUCCUUACUAAACGGUUCGUAGUCAAUCAAACUAUGAUCGAGUGCAGCAAUCGGCUCGAUUUUCUUCUUAUCAAGAACAAUAGGGUUGUCAUCAGAAUCAUACUCAACCAUCCCAGCAUCCACCGCCUUUGCCGCCGCAUAAACCUCUUCGUCAGAAUUGUACCCAGCCUGCAAAGCAUCUGCGGCCAACUGCAGACCCACGUCCUUCUUUGCCUUCAUAAAAAUCUCCAACGGAUCAUCUUCCACGUCAUCCUUGUACUUGUCCAGCUUAUCCUUCGCCUUCGGCGGCGCCGCUGCCUUUAUCUCUUCCUGUAAUCCCUCCAUGAACGCGUCCAGAGGAUCGAUUUCGUCUUCAUCGGCAGCAGCAUCGGUGCCGUCGGCAGGCAGGACAUCAUUCGAAGUGUCUCGAUCGUCGGCAUACUCGAUAUUGUCGAGGUCGGCGUCGUCGUCGCCACCGCCGCGAGAGGAAGGAGGGACGUAUAAGCGUUGAGGCGGUUGAGAUCGCUCGAAAUUGUAUGUUGGCUGGCGAUUGAUACCAAAGCCUUCGAAUCCGAAUUUUCGCUUCGACAUCUUGCGCGAAUGCUAAACCCUACAAAUGCAAUUUUGGGGAUCUUUUACGAUAUAAAGACUUAAGG